GCGGAUCCACACUUCCUGAAGACGUCCGACGAUUUUGGCGUCCAGGGAGUGGCUUGCGACUACUGUUUCAUGGGUGGCGCCGUCGAGAGCGACAAGGCUACCGACAAGUGCUUGCCAACCCUUGUCCACAAGUUCUACGGCGAUCGGCGGGUAUCGGCACGCGUGGUCCCACGCAAGGGCCCAGAAACGUACGCUGUGAAGGCCACGGUGGACGACGUGAUGCAGGCAGGCUUUGCCAAGUUUACGUACAAGAGCGACGGGGAGCCUGCGAUCAAGUCGCUCAAGCAGGAGGUGGUGAAGAAGCUACGGGAGGUUGCUGGCCCUGUGGACGUCAUCUUGGAAGAGAGCGGCACGUCCGAGUCACAGCAGAAUGCUGUUGUCGAGCGUGCUAUCUGGGAGGUCCAGAGCACGGCUCGCACCCUAGUGCACGCAUGCUUGGAACAUCAUCGCGUCCAGGUGCCGUUCAAGCACCCUCUGAGGAUCUAUGCCGUGGAGUACGCAGGGCAACUAUUGAACAGGUCCCAGCGUGCCGCCAAGGACAACAGGACCGCCUACGAGAUACGCAAGGGCAAGCCCUAUCGCCGGAAGCUGCCUCCAUUCGGGGAGGCCGUGAUGCACAUGCCGGUAUCAACGGUACGGCGGCGACGGAAGUCCGAGGACAGGUGGGAGACCGGCAUAUAUUUGGGGCUGGUGGAGCGCAGCAACAUGUUGCUCGUAGGCACGCCCCGCGGCGUCUUCAAGGUGAACUGCGUGAAGCGGUUGCCGGCGAUCCAGUCCAGCGAUCGCGGGGGUCCGAGGUUUGACAGCGAGUCGAGGAAGCUCAUCGUAGACGGGGUGAGGCAGGAGCACCACCAGACAAACGACCAGGAGGAGCACAGGUUCUACGACCAGGUGAAGUCGCAGGAGAGCCGGAUUCGCCGGAAGCGGGUAGCACCGUGCCGGCUCGCAGUCCAGGCGAGGCUCAGGACCCCCUUCGAGCAGAAGCGGGUAGCACCGCACUGCGGAGAGGUCGCGGAGAUCGCGGGCGAGCUGAUGCACCUAGGAGCGGCGAUCGGGCCGCGGCUGCAGGAGGCGAUCCGGCAGCCGAUCAAGGACGACGUCGACGUGAUCGAGUCGGAGGCGUUCUGCAGGAAGCGGUUCGCUGACCAGGCGUCCCGGUGGGGAGUGCACCCCGGGGUCGCACUAGAUCUGACUACGGGCUGGGAUCUUAAGAAUCAGACGCAUGUGGAGCAGCAUGUGAAGGCCGGAAGGGCCGCAGAAUGGCUGACCAACUCCGGAUGCAUCGCCGAGGAACUCACGAAGCUCCAGGGCGGCGAUCGCGAGAAUGCCAUCAGCAGCAUAGUGACCAUGAGUCCCAUGGUGGAGAGUAAGCCGGCCAUAGUGGCGGCUGUGUUGAGAGGGCUGCGUAGACAGCUGCAGCAGGACGGUGCGGUCAGCAUCAACGCCCUGGAGCCGGGCAUUACCGGCCACGACACCCAGGAGUGGGACGAAGACGGGCUCGAGCAGUUCUUCGACGAGCUGACGGGCGAACGGUUGAACUCCCGAGACGUCAGGGAAGCCAAAGUCAAGGAAAUCGAGUUCCUUCGUACUUUCCCUGUCUAUGAGAAGGUGCCAGAGGCGAUGGCCAAGGGCAAAGAGUUCAUCUCGACAAGGUGGACCAUAACCAACAAAGGGGACGUAAACGCACCAGACGUUCGAGCUAGAUUCGUCGGGCGUGAGUUCAAGUGGAAGUCGCUGGCGAUGGAGAACACAUUUGCCGCGACUCCACCAUUGGAGUCGUUGAAGUACUUGUUGUCUCGGUUCCAGUCGCGCAGGAGGGGACCAGCCAGAAGCCCAGGAGAGCGCAGGAUCUUAGUUUUGGACGUUUCUCGAGCGCAUUUUCAUCCGAAGUGCCGCCGAGAGCUGUGCAUCCGGCUGCCAGAAGACGCUCAGGCAGGCUUCGUGGGCAGGUUGUUGCGCACCCUGUACGGGACACGAGAUGCAGCAAACGCCUGGGACGAAUUCUUCAACGAAGCGAUCGUCAGGCGCGAGUACGAGGUGGGGCUGUCAUCACCUUGUCUGUACUACUGCGCUGCCGAGGACAGUGCUGGGUGGCGCCACGGAGACGAUCUCGUUUUCGAGGGACCUGAUGAGUGGUUAGACCGGCUCGAAGAGGGUUUCCGGAGCGUGAUGAUCCUCAAGAGACGCGCAAAGCUUGGCUGGGGCACAGCAGACGACAAGCAUGUUACCAUCCUGAACAGGCUGGUGGACUUGAACGACGCGUCCCGGGUGGUUUCUCUCGAACCUGACCCACGCCAUGUUGACCUGCUUCGUGGCCUGGUUGGUUUCGACGGCCGGUCGAAAUCCGCGACGACACCUGCCGACAAGCGUUUGGAGGACAUGCACGACGAGGAGCCCCUAGGCCGAGGGCAGGCGACAGCAUUCCGAUCCGCAACAAUGAGGCUAGCUUAUCUCGCUGCGGACGUCCCGGUGUACGGAUUCAGCGCAAACCGGCUGGCGAGGUUCAUGGCUAAGCCAACAGUUGGGUCUUGGGCGCGCUUGAAGAGAUGCUUGAGGUACCUACAUGGGCACGGCCGGUGGAUCCAGCAGUUCCCUUUGCAGGACCAGCCGGGCAGGAUCGACGUGUACGCCGACAGCGACUGGGCUCAGGAUCUGGAUCGUAAGAGUGUAUCUUGUGCGGUAGCGAUGCACGGCAAGCAUUGCCUGCGAGUGCAGGUGGCGACCCAAACGGCCCCUGCCCUGAGUUCUGGCGAGGCGGAGUUCGUGGCCCAGGUCAAGGGCGGCUCGACCGCCAUCGGCAUGAGAUCGAUGAUCCGGGACAUGGGAGGACAGGUGCCCAUUGACCUCCACACCGACAGCACGGCAGGCAAGGGCAUCGCGUCGAGAGUGGGCUUGGGCAAGGUCCGUUAUCUCGACACGGGCUUGCUCUGGCUACAACACCACGUCAAUCGCAGAGACCUCAGGAUCAAGAAGGUGCACAAGGACGAGAACCUGGCGGACAUCGGAACGAAAGCCGUCAGCGUCACCGUGCAGGAGACUUUGAUGAAGUUGAUGAACUUCAGAGAGGCCACAGGACGGCACCCGAAGGCACUGAGGGUUGCCGGAGAAGCGGUCGAGCCAGAAGCGGGUAGCACCGUGCUGGCCGACGAGCCCGACUGA